AUGAAUGACCCUGUUCCCCUGUCUAAAGACAAAAUUAAUUCUGAUGCACUAUUAACAUCAAUUACUCCACAUAAAAACAAAGUUGAAAAUAAUAAACAAAUUGUUCUACUCCAAACAUUUAAAGCUAUCAUUUCAGAUUCAGAGGGUAAAACUAAAAUACAUUGUCGAGGUUUAAUUGAUUCAGGGAGCCAAAGAAGUUUUAUCCGUGAAAGAUUAGUAAAUAAAUUGAAAUUACCAGUAGAAGAUAGGGAAAAAAUAAGCUUGCAUACUUUCGGAAAUAGUACCGCUAUUAACGUUAAAAGACAUCGCGUCAAGUUUUUGCUACACAACAUAAGAGACGAAAAUAAAUGUUUAAGUAUCGAGGCAUUAGAAUCCCCUGAAAUCUGCAACACAUUAAUAGAAACACCCAACAAAGAUUUGCGUGAACAAAUUCAAUCUUUAGGUAUUAAAUUGUCGGAUUCCGAAAACGGAUAUAGGGAUAGUAAAAUUGACAUUUUAAUUGGGUCUGAUUAUUUUUGGGAAAUAGUUUCUGGUACAACUCGACGUAUAAAUGAAAAAGUAAUGUUGUUAGAUACUUUGAUGGGAUGGAUAAUUCAUAUUCCAAUUUCGAAUUUCGAUCUUAAUUUUAAAACAUCAUCAGUUGAAGUAUUGAGCGCUAUUGUCACGAAAGAUUUAGAUGAUGAAUUAACGAAUCAGUUGAAAGCAUUUUGGGAGUUAGAAUCUCUAGGAAUCCAGAAUGACCCUUCUAAACGGGCUAUUUCAAAAGGGGAGGCUCUUCAAAAAUUCGAAAAAACUUUAACUUUUAAAAACGGUCGAUAUGUAGUUGCACUUCCAUGGAAGCACGAAAAUGAAAAUUUAGCUAGUAAUUAUGAUAAUGCUCGAAAACGAUUAAAUUCAUUAAUUAGACGAUUUUAUAAAUACCCUUCUUUGUACAUCAAAUAUAAAGCAGUGAUUGAUGAAUACUUCAAAUUGGGAAUUGUGGAGGAAGUUCGUGAUACUCGCAAUACAGGUCAUCCUACGUAUUACUUACCACAUUCUCCCGUUAUCAGGAAAGAUAAAAGCACAACCAAGUUGAGAAUUGUGUUUGAUGCCUCAUCGUAUCCCCCUCAUGCCCCAUCACUAAAUGAUUUGCUACACUCGGGUCCUAAUCUAAACCCAGAUCUUUUAAAUUUAAUUCUUUCAUUUCGAUUCCACAGAAUCGCAUUUGUUGCAGAUAUAGAGAAGGCAUUUUUAAAUAUUGGACUUUCGGAGAAUGAUCGCGAUGUUGUCCGGUUUUUGUGGAUAGAUGAAUUAUUAAAUGAUAUAACUCAAACUAAAUUGAAGGUUUGUAGACUAUCAAGGGUUCUUUUUGGCGUUACAGCUAGUUCCUUUUUGUUAGCAGCUGUUAUAAGAUAUCACUUAUAUCAGUAUUCUAAUUUAUACCCAGAAACAAGUUUAAUGUUAAGGGAAUCAAUGUACGUUGAUGAUUUGCUUUCCGGUGCUUUAAAUGAAGAUAAGGCUCUCCAAUUGUCUAAAGAAUCAAAAUUUAUAAUGGAAGAUGCAGGUAUGAGAUUGAGAAAGUGGAAAAGUAAUUCAUUAACCCUGGAAAGUAAAUGGAAUAAUUUGGGAUUUGACACGGGUACUUGUGAACAAUCUGAUGAAUCUUUAAAGGUGUUAGGACUUUUAUGGGAUUCACAAAAUGAUAAUUUUAAAUUCGAUACUUCUAGUUUGAUACAAUUUAUUAAGGAAUCAGAUGGCACUAAACGAACGUUAAUUAGAACUGCAGGAAGAAUCUUCGAUCCUCUGGGAUUUAUCUCCCCUUACACAGUUCGUGUAAAACUACUUUUCCAAGAAUUAUGGGAACGUGGAGUUCAUUGGGACAAGAAGUUGCCCACAGAUAUUGCUCAGGAAUGGAAAAAAUGGCAUGAAGAAUUGUCAUUAGUCAAUACUUUGAAAAUGCCCAGGCAUUGUUUCGGACAGACUGAAUUUGAAAAUUUAAGAAACGUACAGGUUCACUGUUUCACUGACGCCAGUGCAAAAAUUUAUGGUUCAGUGAUAUUUAUUCGUUACACAGAUGAAAAUAACAUUACCAAAAUAUCCUUUCUUGCAUCUAAAAGCAGAGUUGCACCCCUUAAAAAAUUAACAAUUCCUAGACUCGAACUGACUGCCACCCUGAUAGGAGCUCGUUUAAUUUCCCAUAUCAAGCCUAUUUUUAAAAGAUUCCAUUCGAAAGUCAGUUAUCAUUGUUGGACCGACAGUAACAUUGCGCUUUGUUGGAUAAAAAAUUCUUCUACUAAGUGGAAACCGUUUAUUGAGAGCAGAGUUCGAGAAAUCCAAUCAUUAACGAAUCCAAGCAUAAGGAAAUUUUGCCCCGGCCGAAUGAAUGUUUCGUAUAUAAUAACAAGAGGAAAGAGUAUAUUUGAAUUGAUGAAAUGUGAAGCAUGGUUUACUGGUCCCGAAUGGAUAAAAAAUGAAAAAAAUUGGCCAAAGUCAAUAUCCGUUAAUGAUUUCUGCGAUGAAGCUUUAGGAAUGGAAAUGCGAAAACAAGAAGUUUUAUUCCUAGCCACAGUCAAUGAAGAUCUAUUGGAUUUCAAACGUUACGGUAGUUACAGAAAAGUUCUACCAGUAACCGCUAACAUCAGAAGAUUUAUUUACAAUUGUCGACAUGACGAUAAAAGAGUUGGUUCUUUAAACGCUGAUGAAAUUAAUGAAUCUGAAAAUUACUGGAUUUUGAAUGCUCAAGAACAUGCUUUACUUUCAGAAAAAAAAAGCAUUAAUUAA